GUGGAGAAGGCGGGCCUUGGUAUAUAGGGCCUUGAGGCGGGCAGUCAGCCAAAUGGUCACCCUCGAAAUAUAAGAAAAUUUUGCAUGAUAUAUCUCUGAUUUAUGAAGUUUGUCGUCGAUAUUCAGUUCUGGAAUAAUAGUUCAGAAAAGUUCAGAUAGAAUUCCAAGUGGGACACUAAGCUCAGUCGUCGGCUGAUCGGGCGCCGUGGUCCAUAACAUCGCUGACGAUGUUGGGUGCCGCCACUGCGCUGAAUACCGGUCCGCCCCAGGCAACAUGACGUCAUUCCAGCCUGACGUCAUCACGGCCGACGUCUUCUGACUCUAUGAUCAUCAACCCGGGGACGUGACCACUCUCCUCUAGGAUCGCUGACGACUCGGCGGACGGCGCUGGACGGGCGACAUGUCGUUCCUCUUUGGCGGCGGGGAUGACCGCCGCGGCGGAGGCGGCGGCGGCUUCCUCGGUAACCUGGUGGGUGCCGUGGCCAACGAGGUGAUGGACAACAUGCAGGACGAUGAUGACGGACGGGAGAGGCGCCGACAGGGACACCAGGUGGAGGCCGGAGGCACCAUCGACUUGGGCGACAUCAUCGGCGCCGGCGUCAAGCACUUCGGUGGUGGCGGAGGCGGCGGCGGCGGCGGCGGUGGCGGCGGACUGGACGACAUCUACGGAGCCAUGUCCAACAAGACUCGCGACGACCGCACGGACGAGGAGCGCAACAGCGGAGGCGGCGGCGGCGGCGGGUAUGGUGGCGGCGGCGGCGGCGGCGGAGCCCAGGACAUCCUCGGAGGCAUCAUGGGGAUGAUCGGAGGCGGCGGCGGCGGCGGCGGUGGCGCCCCUCAGGCCUCCAUGAAGCACGGCGGCAAGGGGGCCGCCGGAGUCGACAUGGGCUCGCUCAUCCAGUCAGCGUUCGGCAGUGCUCUGGGCGGCGGCGGCGGCGGAGGCGGGGGUGGCGGCGGUGCGGCCGGUCUGCUGCAGGGCCUCAUCUCGAACGCGAUCGGCGGCGCCGGUGGCGGCCACGGCCAGGGCGGCGGUAACCCGGCCAGCGGCAACAUGCUGGGGACCAUCAUCGGCGCGCUGGCCGGCGGCAAGAACAUGGGCGACCAGUCGUCGGUGACCCAGGGCGGCAACGCCAUGGGAGACAUGCUGAAGACGGCCGUGGGCCACACGAUGCAGUCCAAUCCGAGCUCAGGAGGCAUCGGCGUCAUCGGCGACCUCGUCAAAAAGGCCAUCUCCUGGAUCGUCGAGAAGUUCUUCAACCUCAAGGGAAAGUACUCGCUCAAGUCGCGCCGAGGAGACGCCUUCAACCCGGCUGCUACCGUCUUCAACAUGAACGAGCGCGGCUCGGGUCUGCGUCCGCGCGGCACCGUCCAGGACUUUGACAAGCUGCGCCGCGAGUGUCUCCGCUCCGGCCAGCUGUUCGAGGACCCCGAGUUCGCCGCCGAGGACUGCUCCAUCUUCUUCUCCAAGUCGCCGCCGAGACCGUUCGACUGGCUCCGACCCAGUGAGAUUGUCAGCAACCCUCAGUUCAUCUCCAGAGACGCCUCCCGGUUCGACGUACAACAGGGAGAACUGGGUGACUGCUGGCUGCUGGCAGCCGUCGCCAACCUCACCCUCAACAAGGACCUGUUCGCCCAGAUCGUGCCCGACAACCAGAACUUCGAAGACGAGUACGCCGGCAUCUUCCACUUCCGGUUCUGGCAGUAUGGCCGGUGGGUGGACGUUGUGGUCGAUGACCGCCUACCGACCUACAACGGCCAGUUGGUGUUUAUGCACUCCGAGGAUAACAACGAGUUCUGGUCGGCGCUCCUCGAGAAGGCCUACGCCAAACUGCACGGCUCGUACGAGUCGCUGAAGGGCGGCACCACCUGCGAGGCCAUGGAGGACUUCAGCGGCGGCGUCACCGAGAUGUACGACAUCGACAAGGCGCCCGACAACCUCUUCCAGAUCCUGCUCAAGGCCGACGAGCGCAAGUCGCUCAUGGGCUGCUCCAUCGAGCCGGACCCGAACGUACUGGAGGCGGAGCUCUCUAACGGCCUGAUCCGCGGCCACGCCUACUCCAUCACCAAGGUCUGCCUGGCCGACAUCGAGACACCGCGCGUCAGCGGCCAGAUUCCCAUGGUGCGCGUGCGCAACCCGUGGGGCAACGAGGCAGAGUGGAAGGGCGCCUUCUCCGACUCGUCUCCAGAGUGGCAGUACAUCCCUGAGGAGUCCCGGCAGGAGAUCGGCCUGACCUUCGACGCUGACGGAGAGUUCUGGAUGACCUACAAAGACUUCAUCGGUAACUUCCAGCGUCUGGAGAUCUGCAACCUGAGCCCGGACAGUCUCGAAGAAGACGACGAGGAGAACAAGACGAAGCGCUGGGAGAUGUCGGUGUUCGAGGGUGCCUGGGUGCGCGGCGCCACCGCCGGCGGCUGCCGAAACUACAUCAGUACGUUCUCGUACAACCCUCAGUACGUCAUCAACCUUGCCGACCCGGACGAGGACGAUGACGAGGAAAAGUGUACCGUCAUCGUGGCGCUGAUGCAGAAGAACCGGCGCGCCCAGCGCAAACUCGGCCUCGACUGCCUCACCAUCGGCUUCGCCAUCUACCACGUGCCGGACCCGGAGAGCUCCCCCGUGCCACUGGACACCAGCUAUUUCCGGUACAACUCGUCCGUGGCGCGCGCACCGAGCUUCAUCAACCUGCGCGAGGUGUCGUGCCGCUUCAAACUACCGCCGGGCAGCUACUGCAUCGUGCCGAGCACCUUCGAACCGAACGAAGAGGGCGAGUUCAUCAUCCGCGUCUUCUCCGAGAAGAAGAACAACAUGGAGGAGAACGACCAGGAGGUCGGCCCCGGCAGCGUCGACGACUCGAUUGCGUCUGGACUGGGCAUUCGGGACGGCGAGCCCGGCGGUGUGAAGCCGCAGCUGGAGGAGGAGUCCGAGUACGACCAGAUGGUCCGCGAGUUCUUCAACAAGAUCGCCGGCGACGACCUGGAGAUCGACUGGAUGGAGCUUAAACAGGUGCUCGACUACGCGCUCAAAAAAGAGUUCAGCCAGUUCGAGUUUGAGGGCUUCAGCAAGGACACUGCCCGCUCGAUGAUCGCUCUGAUGGACGUCGACAACUCGGGCAAACUCGGUCUGGAGGAGUUCAAAACUCUGUGGAGCAGCAUCCGCAUCUGGAAGACAGUGUUCAAGCAGCACGACGCUGACGGCACCGGCCUGCUGAGCGCCUUCGAACUGCGCUCGGCGCUCAACGAGGCCGGCUACCGGGUCAACAACAACCUGCUCAACUCGCUGAUGCACAGAUACGGCGACAAGGAUGGCAACGUGGCGUUCGACGACUUCAUGGCCUGCGCAGUGAAACUGAAGACCUGCAUGGAGAUCUUCCGUGACCGUGACCCGGAGAAGACGAACCAGGCCAUCUUCUCGCUGGAGGACUGGAUCGAGUACAACAUGUACUCGUAGACUGGCCGUGGCCCAACAGCCUCCAGUGGUAUGGUGGGACUCCUGGGCCAGCCAGCGCCGGGGCCCAGCCUGCGCACACCAGUGACAGUCCGACAGCCGUCCGAGCGAUCGCAGCCCGCACCACCACGGCGCGCGGCCGCUGGCGCCGACGCACCCACCGAGACGCGGGCACUAAGACCUCGAGGUCCGAGCGGGAGCCUUCGUGCGCGCUGCGUCUGAACCGGACUCUCGCAGAGCUGGGGAUCAAAGCCGGGUGCCGCUGGUCGCUACCCGCCGAUCCCCAAAGGUGCGCCACAAACGUAUAAAGACUCAGAGAAAUGUGCGUGUGCUCGAGUGUGUGAGUGAGUGGUACUAACUGAUACUGUUCACAGACGACGAGUCGGUGUAAAAGUCUCGCCGCUGACUGUCGCGCAGUGGCGGAGAGCGUUCUGCUUGCAAUACUUCUUCUCUGAACUAUGUGCUCGGCACCGUCCUCUCGGUCUCUCCUGUCGAGUCGAGCGCGCCUCCAGUCCAGUUGGGCGCGCUAAUGUGUGGUCAAUGCCAGGGCGUCGAUAGAGAGGUCCGGGCCGCCUUCUACAAGGUCACCGUACCGUGCUUUGGUGUAUUUCGACUCGUGUUGGUCGAGGCCGACGUGUAUUUCGAGUCGGUGACUGCAGCUGCUGAAUCGGGUGAACAGCUCUUUCUGCGAUCGCAGUGCCUGCCUGCUGUACCUCGCUUGUUUUUGGUCUUGUGCGCGAAGGAAACUGUUAUGUUAGGUCAGAUUCGCCUUAGCUCUAAAUAUAUUUUGAAUCUGGUCA